AUGACGGAGCUACAGCUUAAAGCUUUAUUCGGGGCGAAGUCUCCAGGCAAGUCAUAUUUAACUUAUGUCCAGCAAAACCGGUUACUCUUUCAGCAGGAACUCUAUGAUGAAAUGGAGUAUACUCGUCCCUUAGACCAAUUUCACGUUAUGCAUGGGGACUCUGGCCCGAUCGGCCUGUCAUUUGCCGACAGGUCUGAAGCAGACCGAUUUGGUUGUAUGGUCAUCGAAAGACUUUCGCGACAGCGGACCCCCCGAUCUCACACUAUCUCAACCAAUAAGAUAGUGACUAACAUUGGCAACAAGUCGACUAAUCUUAUAACUGGUCCUUCUGAUAUCUGUAUUCCUACAAAGGAUAAAGCAUAUUCCAAAAGAUCUAAUAAAACCCAAAAGGCAAGUGUUAUUCAUGGUUGCAAGCCCCAUAAGCUACUUUAA